CGAUUAUUCUUCUCUCGUGUUGUUGAAAAAUGGCGAAUCGUGCUCCGAAUAGACGUCCGGCUCAAGAAGUCGAUAAUACUAUUGCCUACGUGCAAUGUGAUGGCUUGGCUGCAAUGAAAAUGGUUAAGCAUUGCCAUGAGGAAUCCUCUGGUAAUAUGGAAGUGGCACAAGGUGCCCUGCUUGGAUUGGUGGUUGACGAUCGACUGGAGAUCACCAAUUGCUUCCCGUUUCCGAAAUCAUCGGAUGAAACUAUAGACGAGGAAGAGUAUCAACUGAACAUGAUGCGUCGUUUACGUUUAGUUAACGUGGAUCAUUUCCAUGUCGGUUGGUACCAGAGUGCCGAUGUUGGCAACUUUUUGUCGCUACCUCUGCUGGAGUCUCAGUACCACUAUCAGACCAGUAUCGAAGAGUCGGUCGUUGUCAUCUACGACACACAGAAGUCCAAACGAGGCUUCCUGACUUUGAAGGCUUAUCGACUGACGCCGCAAGCCAUUGCCAUGUACAAGGAAGGCGAGUUUACUCCGGAAGCGUUGCGUAACCUGAAGGUCGGUUAUGAAAAUCUGUUCUUAGAGGUACCAAUUGUCAUUAAGAACUCGGCUCUUUGUAACAUAAUGAUGUCCGAGCUGGCGGAGAUGGUUCCCGAGGAAGAGGGAACUCAUUUCCUCGACCUUGGGACGGCUUCCGUUUUGGAAAAUCACCUGCGUUGUUUGAUGGAUCGCGUUGACGAGUUGAACCAGGAAGCCAAUAAGUUUAACAAGUACCAGCAGUCCGUUAUUCGACAGGAACAGGACAAACAUCGCAUGCUGGCUAAACAUGCUCAAGAGAAUGCUGCACGCAUUGCCAAGGGCGAAGCGCCGGUGCCUGAUGAUGAGGUUAAUAAGCUGUUCCGUCCGUUGCCGGUGCCACCGAGGUUGAAUCCGAUGAUCGUGUCCGGUCAGAUCAACACGUAUGCCCAGCACAUUUCGCAAUUCUGCUCGCAAUCACUGGCUAAACUGUACAUGACACAAUCAUUGCAAGGCGCCAAGGAUAAUAAGCAGUAAGCAGAAGUGGUACGUACGCAAGUGUAAUUCGAACAUUUCCAUCUAAACAAAGUAAAUAACUACACACGAGAAGAAUUGGAGUAAAUCCUUUGGAGAGUUGAAAGCUAAUUGGCUAUAGACGGUGAUCAAUAAAAACUACAAGUUCAUUUGGUUUCAAACAAAAACCAACGGUAGUCCGUCAGGACGUGCGUCC